AUGCCGCCCGCUACGCUCGCCCGCCUCGAGCAGUACACUGCAUGUGAUAUCUCAGACGCCCUUCUCAAGCUCAAGGUUCCCGGGGCAGGAUUCAUCGCAGAUCUCAACCCAUACAGCACCAAAUCGGGUAAGGAUGCCGAUACCCUAACCAUUGCGCCCGUGUCCACCAUUCUGUUCGCCGCCAAGGGCGAGGUUCUCUCCGAACCACAGCCAAACGUCCCCAAAGACACGCACUGGAGCGACGCCACAGAACCGGGUACAUUUGUGGUGAUGAAGCAGCCCUCUGGCCAGACGAACGCCAUCUGCGGCGGCAUCAUGGCCCUCCGCAUGAAGAUGCGAGAUGCAAAGGGCAUCAUUGUCGCCGGCCGCGUCCGAGACGUGCAGGAACUCAAGAGCACCAACCUUCCGAUUCUAGCCCACGGCCUCUCGACAGUCGGGUCCGGGGGCGGCAGCGUCCCGUGGGCCAUGCAAGUACCCCUGGACAUCAACGGCGUCACCGUGUCCCCGGGAGACAUUGCCUUCCAGGACCCCGUCAAUGGCGUCGUCAUCAUCCCCAAAGACAAGGUGGGCCAGGUCCUUGAGAUGCUGCCCAAGCUCAUUGCCGCGGACGACAAGGUCAAGCAGGACGUGCUAAAGGGCAUGUCGGUGUACGACGCGUUCAAGCUCCACCGGGGUACAUGA